AUGUCACAGAACAUGACCAUGGCAAGGGGUAGGCUAAAGGUCGCUAGUUCCUGGAGCGAUCACCACCCCAACCCCAGCUUGAUCCAAAGACAGAGGCUGACCUCACCCAGCCGUUACAUCAUUGUAGUCCUUGCUGCCUUCAUGAUUAGUUUCAUGACGGGUGGCUUGCAAUUCGGCUUCGGCAUCUACCAGGCGCACUACGAGACGAUGGCAUUAGAAGACGACACCCCAUUCACCGGUGCCACGGCCGCCCGGCUCGACCUCAUCGGAACCCUCGCGAUCUCAAUGCUGACUAUAUGCGCACCUGUAGUUGUGGCAUGGUCAAAAACCAUUGGCCCCCAGAAAGUCAUGUGCGCAGGCGGUCUGCUAGUCGGAGGGUUCUUGAUGGGAGUGGGAUCUUGCCUCUCAUUCGUUCCGUCAAUGGUCGUCGUGCCGGCUUGGUUCGAUAAGCACAGGGCGCUGGCCAUGGGCAUCGUCUCUGCCGGCAGCGGUGUUGGCGGUCUGGUCUGGGCUCCUGUGCUCGUGGCGUGCAUCGAGAAGCUGGGGUACCGGGAUACCCUUCGUAUGACUGGCACUCUCGGUGCUGUGGUCGUUUGUGUCUGUGGAGCUGUGCUCACCUGGGAACCUGCAAUGGCGGCCCGCAUACGGAGCGAGAACACGACGACAUCUAGAUUGAAGAUGUUCAAGGUUCCUCUGCCACCAUGGAAGACUGUCAAGCAACGCAAGUUCAUUGCGCAAAGUUUCAGCAUGUUCUGCCAGAGCGCCGCAUAUUACACACCGGCGUUCUUCUUUGCGUCCGACGGUGCCAAUCUGACUGCCGUCAACAACGCCUGCAACGCUGUCGGGAAGAUUGCCAUUGGGCUCGUGGCAGACCGCAUCGGAAGGCUCAACGCCCUGUUUCUCACGACUGUGAUUUGUGCCGCCGUCACUCUCGGGUUAUGGGUUCCUAGCAUAGCGAUCGGGAUGAGCCAUGAGUCCGUAGCAAGGUCGCUACCCGUCAGCUUCACAGUCCUAUAUGGCAUUUUCGCGAGCGCAUACGUCAGCUUGUUUCCACCGGCUCUGGUUGAGCUGUUCGGCAUGGAAUUGAUGCCGCAGAUUACUGGGAUCAUGUACAUGAUCAUGGGUGUGGCUUCCAUGAUUGGGACACCUGUGGCUGGUGCCCUGGUCAGAGGGCACGGAGAGAUCAAGGAGUCGGGUGACUACAUGGGAAUGGGUAUCAUGGUAGGUACUCUCAUGGCUGCAGCAGCCAUAUUUGUGGCUUGGAUGAGACUAGAGGCCACGGCAGACCGGGCUCAAGGGGGACGGAAAUGGGUAUGGAAGCUGUAA